AUGUUGUCAAUGAGAUUUCUUCGAUCAUUUUCAACUGGAAAACAACGUGAAAUUGUGAAAUUUUAUUAUGAUUUUAAAUCACCAUAUGCUUAUUUAGCAUUAGAAUCUACUUUUCAAUUAGAAAAAGAAUAUCCUAUACAAAUACGUUUUAUUCCAUGGGGAUUUCGACCGGAGGAAUCUUUUGGUGGAAAUCUUCAAGAAAGAAAUCGAUUAAAUUGGAAUAAAGUUCGAUAUUUAUAUUUGGAUUGUCGACGUUUUGCUAAUGAGCGUGGAAUGAUUAUUCGUGGUCCUGAACGUUUAUUUAAUUCUCGUCUUUCAUUAAUUGGUGGUUUAUAUGCUGAUAAAAAUCAAUUUUUUCCUUCAUUUGCUCGUCAAACAUUUCAACGUUUUUUUAAUCGUCAAUUAAAUCUUGAAAGUCUUGAUGAAAUUACAAAACUUCUUUAUGAAACAUCCGAUAAGAAGUUAUCCUAUGAAAAAUUUACUCAAGAUUUUCAAGCUUAUCUAAAUAAUCAAGGUGAAAAAGAUUAUUUAAAUGCGGAAAAAGAAGCUGAACAAGAUCGUAUAUUUGGUGUACCAACAUAUGUUAUACGUGAUGAACCAUUCUGGGGAAAUGAUAGAAUUUUAUGGGUAAAAAAGAAAUUAGAUUCACUUAAACUCUAA